AACCGAACGCAUCCUCUUCCAGACCACAUCGUCUGACGAUUGCAAUUCCUGUCCUAGUCCAAGCAUUCUGUCAAACACUUCUUAGUUAUUCGCUGGUAAUUCCACAACCAUGUCGCUCAUCCCAAGCUGGUUCGGUGGCCGUCGCAGCAACGUCUUGGACCCUUUCUCCCUCGACCUCUGGGACCCCUUCAAGGACUUCCCUUUCCCUUCCUCAGCCCUCUCCGCCUCUAAUUUCCCCCAGACGUUCGGGGAGAACACUGCCUUCGUGAACACGAGAAUCGACUGGAAGGAGACCCCGGAAGCCCACGUGUUCAAGGUGGAUCUCCCCGGGCUCAAGAAGGAGGAAGUCAAGGUGGAGAUUGAGGACGAUCGAGUGCUCCAGAUAAGCGGCGAGAGGAACGUGGAGAAGGAGGACAAGAACGACACGUGGCACCGGGUGGAGAGAAGCAGCGGGAAGUUCAUGAGGAGGUUCAGGGUGCCGGAGAACGCGAGGAUGGAUCAGGUGAAGGCGUCGAUGGAGAACGGGGUGCUCACCGUCAGUGUUCCCAAGGUGGAGGAGAAGAAGCCUGAGGUCAAGGCCAUCGAGAUCUCUGGUUGAGAGUGACGAUUCUACAUAGAGGAGCGUCUGUGUGUAUGCUGUGUUACUAUGCGGGUUUCGUGUGUCCUGAGUUGGGAGGCUCGGUCCCCUGGUUUCUGAUAUGGCUAUAUAUAUUUUCCUACUACGACUCUUCAAUUGUAAUGAAAUUCGAGUUGUCAUUUCCUAACUUCUGUUUGAUGUUAUCUUGGUUCCUCAACA